AUGAAUUGUAAUGUUUUUUUUUUUUUUCUAAUACUAUCAAUAUCAUUGCAAACAAAGGUCGCUAUCCAACGCAUCAAGACUUCGCCGAUAGACCGAUUCAAUACAUUUAGUGCUGUGUCCUUUUUAUCUUUGUCUUGUUGUCCGCUCUCUCUUUCUUUGUCUUGUUGUCCUCUUUCUUUGUCUUGUUGUCCUCUUUCUUUGUCUUGUUGUCCGCUCUCUUUGUCUUGUUGUCCUCUCUCUUUGUCUUGUUGUCCUCUCUCUUUGUCUUGUUGUCCUCUCUCUUUGUCUUGUUGUCCGCUCUCUCUCUCUGUCUUGUUGUCCGCUCUCUCUCUCUGUCUUGUUGUCCGCUCUCUCUCUCUGUCUUGUUGUCCGCUCUCUCUCUCUGUCUUGUUGUCCGCUCUCUCUCUCUGUCUUGUUGUCCGCUCUCUCUCUCUCUGUCUUGUUGUCCGCUCUCUCUCUCUCUUUGUCUUGUUGUCCGCUCUCUCUUUCUUUGUCUUGUUGUCCGCUCUCUCUCUCUUUGUCUUGUUGUCCGCUCUCUCUCUCUUUGUCUUGUUGUCCGCUCUCUCUUUCUUUGUAUCUAUCAAGACCCGAAUUAGUGUAGUCCGCCAAAGUAAUCUUUGUUAG